AUGUAACAUAUCAGAAAAUCAAAUGAAAAUUAAAAAGCUUAACUCAAAGAAAUAUUACUUAAAAGAAAAGAAAUGUAGCUAUAACUAAUUGGUAAAAAAGAUUGUUCAAAAAGUUUCCUAAGAAUUUGUGAUGACAAUAACAAAUGUUUGAGUAAAAGUUUUGAAUUACAAUAUUUAAUACCUUAAAACCAUAAUUUAUUAAGAAGAAAAAGCGGAGUUGAAUAAUUAUCCUCAAAAUAAGUAACUUGAAUAACAUAGAUUAUAGAUUCGUUUCAAUUGUGAAUAUCCUAAGACAUCUAUUGCGUAAUAAGAAUAAAUAAUAGCUAUUCUUUAGGCUGAACAAUAGACGAAACAAAGACGUAAAACAAUUAUACAGAAGAUGUCUGGUAUUUUAAAGAAACAUUAGACAGUAUUAAAAUGUUUUAACAAAAAUGAGAAAUCCUCAUAACAGGAAAUUUAUUAAUCUUAAAUGGCUCAAAUGAAUCCAGAAGGAAUGAAAAUAAUAGAAAUAGAUAAUAAUAUAUAAUCAUCAAAAUAGUUACUGGAGAAUUCCUAAUAUAAAUAAAAUCAAUAAGAAUAUUAAGUGAGAAAAUUGAUAAAAUCAAAUAGAAAAUAAAAAAAUAUAGAUAGGCCUAAAGUCAUAUUAAGUCUUUCACAAUAAACCUAAAGGCCUUUUUAAACUAUUGCAAAUUAUGUUAAUGAAAAAACAACUUCUUUAAGAGAUUUAAGUUUUGGGAAGAUACCAAUCUCCACCAAUAAAAAACCUAAUUUCAUUCCAAAUAAAAGUUUUGCUGAAUUUUAAGAUUUGGUUUCAUCCCCAAAAUACUCUUAAAAAAAAUCAAACCUUAUUUAAUCUUGUUUAAACUUACCAGAUAUUAAAUUCAAUUAUUCUUCUAGACUAAAUAAUUAAAAUCCUUAUUUGAUAAGAAGGGGAAAUAAAUCGUACUAAAAUCUUUUUUUGCAUUCUUAAAAAGCCUUAUGA